AUGGAGCCCGACCCCUUUUGUCCGUGUGGCUGCGGCUGCCGCUGCACCAAUGACGACGACUUUGCCGACUACGACCGCCAGGAGCUCCGGUACAGCCGGGUCGUUCGCAUCGCCGAGGGAAGCGACGCCCCUCCAAUCGAGCUAGAUCUGGUCGUGACCAACCAGACCGCGUACGAGCCGUGGAACUCGCGCAACACCGGCCACCACGACAGCGGGGGACAGCGGGGUUACUUCGCGCAGAUCAGCCUCCUCCAAGGAACCCAGACACGCUUCCGUUACGAGUUGGACGGGGGCAAUCACGCAGAGAUACUAUACUGCAGAUAUUGCAGAAUACCGCAGAUACUGCAGUAUCUGCAGAUACUGCAGAUACUGCAGAUACUGCAGAUACUGCAGAUACUGCAGAUACUGCAGAUACUGCAGAUACUGCAGAUACUGCAGAUACUGCAGAUACUGGAGCGCGCCCCCGAGAUACCUGGGUACCGGGCCGGGCAGCAUCAGUGGACCCACUGGAUGCGCACCAAGCUCCUGCUGCGGGUAAGUUUCCUCGGCACGAACUACUGCGGGUGGCAGCCUCAGCCUGCCUGCGCCGGGUCACUGCCAAGCGUCUGCGAGACACUGCAAGCUGCGCUCCGCAGGGCGGGUGUGACAGAUGGCGCACCAGUCGCUGCCGGGAGGCUCGACAAGGGCGUGCACGCGAUGAUGCAGGUCGUGACCGUGACUGCCCUCCCUGCCGACGUGCGGGUGUUGCGCGCCCUCGACGCCCACCGCAAGGCUCACGCCAUGUCGGGCGCCGGGGCGAAGACCUACACCUACUAUGCGGUCGACGGUCGGGCGGGAGGCAGCGACGGAUGCCGCCGCGGCUGCUGGGCGACUCGGCGGACAGUGGCGUCGAUUGAGGUGCGGCGGAUGGCCUCGCUCAUCGUGGCCGUCGGCACGGGCCGCGAGCCAGAGGGGACGGUGCGGCUCGCUCUCUCCGCCGCAGCAACCGCUCCCGCGGCAGAGAGCGGCGACGGGGCGGAGGGGGAGGCGGGUCUGGAGGCGGAAGAAGGGGAGGGGGGAGCGGCAGGAGGGAGGCGCUCGUUCGUGUUCGAGCGGCGCCGCAUCCCUCCCGCGCCCGCGUGCGGCCUCUGGCUCGAGCACGUCGACUGCUCGCCUCUCCUCGACUCGACGCAUGCGGCGGGCGUGCCGCUGCCGGAGGAGACCGCAGUAAGAAGUUUAAGUUGA